GCCAUAGCUGAGAGGAGAUCUGCCAAAGGACUAAGUCGAGUAAAUAACAGUUUUCUCCAACAACUCGACUCUUUUGCGGAUAAAAACCUUUUUGAGGAUCCACUGACAAUCAUAUUCAAGUAACUGAAAAUGUUUUAAAGUGGAAUAAAAGGGAUAAAGUGUCCGAUUUUCUUCGCUCAAAAGUGAUCCAACCUUCGGGCUUCAGCGCCUCGGCUCCUUUCCCACCCUCGAUUUCGAACCUUUCAACAUGCCGAGCAUGGAGAGUCCAUUCAAGGCCGAUUCGGUUGUCUCCCCCGGAUUUCUUUGCGAGGAAUUAUCAUCUGGAUCCAAGCCUCUGCUAUUAGACUGCCGCUCACAAGAGGAAUACUCGAAUCUUCACGUCCAAGGUGCUAUAAACAUCGCCGUCCCUGCGUCGAGUCUGAUGUUCAGGAGGCUCCAAAAGGGCAACCUCCGCGUUCAAUGCCUGAUUCAGUGCAACGAGGCGAAGGAGCGCUUCACAAAAUACGCCAAGUCGCGCACGAUUGUUUUGUACGACAACAGCACAGCUGACUACAGCGAAAACUCGACAAGUGUUGUGAAUCUUCUAAUGAAAAGAUUGCAAGAUGAUGGGUGCCACGCAUGCUGUCUUCAAGGUGGAUUUUCAAACUUUCAUGAACAAUUCCCGGAAUACUGCAUGGCUGACGGAGAUACUGAAAAGUCAUUACACGACACCAUCAUGGAACUCAGUAACUUAAAUCUGUCCGAUUCAGAAAGUCACAGCCCUCCAAGUAGUACGCCAAUCAUAACGGACUUGUGUCCCAUCGAAGUCAUUCCAUAUCUUUUCCUAGGAAACGCUAAGAGUUCAGCAAACAAGGACGUUUUGAAAAAGUUAGGAAUAAAGUGCAUUUUGAAUGUUACGUCACAAGUGCCGAAUGUAUUUGAGCAGGAUGAUGACUUCAAGUACAUGCAGAUCCCCAUCAAAGAUCACUGGUCUCAGAAUCUCUCGAAAUUCUUCCCAUCUGCCAUCCAAUUCAUCGAUGAAGCUCGCCAGAAGAAGUGUGGUGUGCUUGUCCACUGUCUUGCCGGAAUCAGCCGAUCUGUGACAGUAACAGUCGCCUAUCUCAUGCAGAAGCGCAACAUGUCCCUCAAUGACGCCUACGACUUUGUGAAAAAGUGCAAGCCGAAUAUUUCGCCCAAUUUCAACUUUAUGGGACAACUACUGGACUUCGAAAAAAUGCUUCAAUCUCCGUCGGAUUGCGAUACCGGUAGAUGCCCCGGAAGAACAUUUUUCAUCACGCCUACGAAAGGUCAAUCACCGCAUUAUCUUUCAUAAAAUGAGAAAAUUUCUUCAAUUCUAUCAUCUGCUGCAGCUGUUGUUCAGGGGAACGUCUGCCAUUUUCGUUAACAUCGAAUAUCGAGAUUUGUUAGAGGCAUUUCAGCGCCCUACAAUUAAUCUUAGGCAGCAUUACAAUAAUGGUAUCUUUAGGACGCUGUGAUGUGCUUUUCAGAGUCUUUCAUGAUAGUUUUCUCUCAGGAAUUGCAUUAUGCAAGGGAGCAACGAACACAAACAUUUCGGUUUUGCCUCGUAAAAUGAUUCGUGAGGUGAAACGGCAAGGACUUGAAAAUUUCUGGCUGUUGUUGAUCUCAAAAACAGUAACAACUUCAUUGAAAACUUUUCAAGUUGAUCAAAAGCAUGUUUACGCUGAAUUUAAAAUUUAAGGAUUGUGAACUUGUUAUAAAAUCUUGGGUGUUGUUGCCCCAAAUUUGUGUUCCUUAUAUCGGUAUAUGAAAAAGAUGUGCUACUAUAGUGGAUUAUAUGACAUGUCCUGCCAGUAUGCUGUUGUCUCAAUCAAAAUUUUGAUGUUUAAUAGUUGAGAGAUUUUAAUGUAAUCUCGAAGAAACUUUCGGUGGGAGCUUGGAAUAAAUUCAGGGAAAUAUGGGACCAAGUAUGUUUCUGAAGAAACUGUCGAACAGACCAGGCAACAGUUUACUGGCAGUGCAGAAAGAAACCACAAUCUCAGAAAUAUUAAAAGGUUUUGGACUUCUUGGGUGGUGUUCACUUAUCCUAAAUAGUGCUCUGGCCGAAAACUUUGUAUUCCACAAUUCCAUUGCUUCAAAAGUUGUUCAGGGUGGUGGCCAUUCAGUACAUUUCUGGUUGCACACUCGAAAAUUAGAGUGCUUUUUACACUCGAAAAUUAGAGUGCUUUUGUUCAAACACUUCAGAGUUCUAUUUUUGUACCACUAACAUGAGAAAAGAUGAUUCAUGUUCAUAGUUUUAAAAGUUCAGUACAGUUUUGGCCAGAGUUGAUUUAGGUGAAGUGAGAUAUGUAACAUUACAAUCCAGGUCUUCCAUAAGAAUGUCUUAAAGAAUGGUGCUAAAUUUUAGCUUGGGUCGAAAAGAUCAGGUGUGUACUGUAAAUAGGAAAGAAAGUUACUUAUAUCACUACUGUAUUUGUAUCUGCCUCCAAAAGUUAUUUUUGAGCAGUAUUACUUUUCAGUCUCAUGAGAGAUUUUAACACAAAGAGGUGGAUACAGUAGUGAUUCAUUGACUGUACUCUUGAUUUCAUUCAGAGUUGACAACUUGUCACCCGGUUGUGGAAAGAGACUAUUUUCCGGCUGUGAACAAACUUCAAAUCGGAAUGAAAUCGAGCUGCAACAAGUGUGCCAAAAUGUAAAUAUCUUUGACGAAGUAAAGGAAACGAUAUGUUAGAAGAUAACAAGACAAUUUGCACUUUCAAGAAAUAGCAAAUCAUUGUUGUAUUCUUCGAGGCUCAAAGUAUUUUGUUAUAAAAAUGUUUUUGCUAGUAUAGAAUCCCAAAAGGCAUGAAGUAAGAAAUCAUUACAAUUAGAGAAUAACGAAGGCAACACACUCGUGACGAGCUGCUCUUGUUGCUUAAACAAUACACGUACGUCACAUACAUGUAUUUUUCAGAAAGAGACACUUUAUAUCUGGUGAUGUCGUCGUCCCUGUAAACAGUGGUGACAGACUUGCAAGCUUUUCUCGGCAAUUGCUAUGGUAACAUCAGUAGCGAAGAGCGUGAGUUGCUGUGCUACCUGACGCCGCAUUAUAGCGAAAUCCAUGGCAACGAUAGCAAGGUGUCUGCACAUAUUUGGUAUGUCUGGUGAGCGCACUUCAUUGACAUUUGCAGAAAGUACUUUGUCUUACCUUUUUAGAUUACCGUCCUUACGCCUUCGUCAAUAUUGGUGACAGAUCUAAAUAAAGCAAUUUUGGUGGGAUUUCAAGUUGUAGAUUUUGAUAACACAACAAAAAAGAUGUGAUGUCGUACAACAGUGGCUGGAAGCCUUCAAGCUGUUGUGUUUGUAGUUUCUUGAAAGUGCAAGAAAUAGUGAUAUUGUACAGAUGAGUAACAAGUGGACUGUAGGUCAGUCAUGUCUUAAGCUAGUUCAGAGAUCAGGUGGAUAAUAAGAGGUUAGGAAGUAUGGACAAUUAUAACAAAAAUCCAUUUGGAAACAUCUUCCUUUUUGUCUUCCGUGAUUAUUCUGAAAGGAAGCAACUACCAUAUAACAGUCAGUGUAUUCUUGACUGGUUGAAAUGUCAUCUGAGAGAACAAAGUCAGUGUAUUCUUGACUGGUUGAAAUGUCAUCUGAGAGAACAAUAUUAUACUAGCCAUCCACAUGUUCUCUGAACUGGUAUUGUACAGAAUUUAUACUUUUUAUGCUGAAGAGACUAUUUUGGAUAGAAGUAUCAUUUGUUGAUUUUUUAAGCUGUCAAGAUGGACAGGUUGUGUAAAUAUUUAUUUCAAUUUUCCAUUGAUAGAAUUAGGCUAGUUGUCAGAGAACUGACAUUUAGGUAAUUUGGUGUCAUGUCAAGUUGUCUAUUGGUACCAGUACGAGUAGGCCCUACUCAUGCUUGUGGCGAAGAUGAUUUCUUAAAUUUUAUUCCAUGACUUAAAAAAGGACGUUUUAUCAAUUUUAAUUCCUUAAUACUGAGACCAAGAGCAAUUUUGGUAACCACUGACGAUCAAGAAGGGAUAACGACAAUAAUCUUAAAUUAACUAAAAGUUCGCUAUCUAACCUUGAAAUGUGUUUUUUGUGAAAAAGUUAUUUAACAUCUAGAUCAAUGUCAUAUAAAGACUAAGGUGAAUCACUGUUCUAUACUUCUGCUCUCCCAUGAUUUACAUGUACAUUUCAUUAUUUCUUUCCACCACAAUUAUAUCGGAAAUCAGCCAGCCGAUAGGCCUACUUGCCCAGAGGAUGUAAGGCCUUCAGAAGUAAUUUAUGAGUGCGCAAUAACGAAGGGCCGAUCCCAAUCCUCCGUGGGAUGAUAAGUGCCAAUCCCAAGGAUAUGCUCCCUUAGUUUUGUAGUAGUUUACAGCAUGGUCAUAAAGGGAGUGGGAAGGUCCAGUAGGCUGGUGGCAAACAGGAGUCAAUCCCAACCUAUAUUUAACCCCGCAGCUAUACAAUUAUUAUGUAAAUUUGAGAAAUAAGAAUUGAACCUAAUACUAUUUUGAUAAUAAAAAGACUGGCUAGUAGUAAAGCUAGACCAACCUUGCCGUUAUGAAUGAAAUGACACGUGUGCUCCUUCGAACAAUCACGCCAGGUUUACUUAUUGUGAGUCUUGGUCAACACUUGACCCAGCCAUUUUCUUAGGGAAAUUUAUAUGUUAUGUAAUCUGUUCUAGUUUUACUGGUAGGAUUGCCCAGCUAAACAUAAGUCGUGUUAAGCCGACUUUAGGUGUGCUAACAAGGUUUUCCUUAACCCUAGAGUUUUACGAAGGCUGCAGUAGGCCUUUUAAAAAGGCAACGGGUUCAUUUGGGUCCUGAGAGGAUUGGCAAUGGCCCUCUCACCUUGGGUUGUGAAGGCUUAAUUGAUGGGGAGGGAACUAUUGAACCCUCAGAAAAUCAGCACUACACAGCAAUGUAUAGGCCUUCAUAGUGUACACAGGACACAGUGAGUGGGAUACCUGCUUUCUCUCCGCCUAAUGGCCUGACUGUAUACACAAGAGGCUGAAAAUAGAUUUGGAUUCAUUUCCUGUUUUGAAAGCGAAUGGCUCUGGAAGUAAUCAUCAGGGGGAAAUAACAUGAAGUGUUCCAACUUCAUUCAUAACCACUUGCACAUAUACAUACAAGUCAAGUCUAAUGUAGACCUGAUGCAGAGGUUUAAAUUAAGACUAUUUUUAAUUUAGUUGAAAUUACUCUGCAUCUUUUUAACAGUCUACUUCGGCCUACUUGGCAGUAUCACUUUCAAAAUAACGAGCAAAAUUGCUCAACAGUUUGAGUAAACUUGCUGUAAUGAUGACAGGCCUAUGUGAUUAUCAUGAACUUGGUCAUAUUAUUUUCCCUCUGUGAUUCACUGAUAGUUCACUAUUGCAAAAGACCUUGUACAUGUAUUAUCGUUGUAAGGCCUAGACUAAGGGCCACUCGUUUUGUUAUGCAAGGCUCACGUUUUCCAUACAUUAAAACUCAACGCUCUAACAAAACAAGCCAUUGCAAAUAAAGCAGAGUAAAUCAGUCUGAAGAAGUCCAAUUGUUCCGAAGUAAAAAUAGCCCAUACAAGUUCUCUUGACUGAAUGCGCUAUUCAAAUAGUCUGACUUGUGAAUAGGUGGGCUUUUCAAUACCUCAUACAGGGACCAACAGGUGAACAAAAAAAGUGAUUUAACUGCUGAUGAUAUGAUAAGUGAAGAGAUCCUUUGAAAUUACAAUGGCGUCCUACCAAACCUGAGGCUCCAGAAAGAAAAAGAAAGAAAAAACAAGGAUUUCAAUGGUUUUUGGCCUGACCUGAGUGACCUUGUUCUUGUUAUAUCUUAUGCAUAGUCAUGCCCAUGCCAUCAAAACAGGAAAUGCUUAUUCAUCUUGUCCUCAUGGUCUGAUGAAAAUGCAUUGAAAUGUCCCCAUUGUAUUCAGACUUUGGCCCACUUCCAAAGUGGAACCAGUUGAGAUUGAUAGAGACGGUGUGUAUGAAAGGCUGAUGUACAUGCUGACCUAAAUCUACAGACAUAGCCAUGUUGGUCCUGUCAUUGCCACAUACAUGUUAAUAGCUGUGGCUUUUAACUUUUAAAUCAUGGUAGUUGUGAAAUCCUGAUCCAUGACAAAGACACAUAUAGUGAUACAUGUAGUAGGCCUAUAAUCAGAAGAGAGAUUCGAACUUGCAAUAACUAUUACCAGUAACCUACUUGAACAAAUAUUUACAUUCAAACUUUCUACGCAGUUCUAUAUUCGCAAUGUAAACUAAUACAUCCAUCUACCUAUUCAGGCAUUGUUCAAUAGCAAAUACCUAUACCUAUUGACAGUUUUUCUGUGAAAUCUAUCAUCAGUAAAUUGGUACCUUGUACCGAAAUCAAUCAAUGGUUUUAUAUUUAUCCAGUAUCCCCUGCGGCCAUUUGCGCUGUUUUGAAACUCACUAUGUCGGGUACUUAUCGAGGAUAUAGGAAUGAUCAACAGGUAGACUUAUCGAUGAUUCAGCUUCGACAAUAUGAUGUGCAUUUCUGAGUUUCGUUUGCCCUUUGGCGGGUUGCCAUGGUGAGGAAGGUAGAUAUAAAAUGUGAACUUGAACUUUCCAGUUUCCGGUCUGAUCUCGUCUGUUUUUUCGUUGAUACAUUUUUUAGUAAGACAAACAUCAAAGGGGGCGCUCCUCUCGGACCUUGGUCAUUCUCAUCACCAUCAAUGUACGCUGGCUUAGUCUUCAUUUGGCACUUAUGCUAUUCAUCUGAAAACAUCAAAGAACUAAAGUACACUCCUGAUGGAGUAAACAACUAUGUUUUUGCGUACUCACAUGACCAAUUAUAUUGAGAUAUAAGAGGCAAAGUGAACUAAAACACAAUGGGUCAAAUUCAGUCAUUUUCUCAUCAAGGAGGUUGUUUUCUAAAGGAACUGUUCACAAAGUUUAAAGGGUUUAAACUGAAUUUUAACGAUUCUGGCAACCGACAGCGGUCCAUUACUUAUUUUACUCAAAAAAUAAGAUCUCAUAGAAAAAUAUCAAAAACAUGACGUAUUUUAACUUGAGAUUUUUAAAGGGUAUUGAAACUGCAUAGUGAGAUUCUGUGCCUGUCCAUGGAUGACAAUCACUUAUAAUGUUUGCCCAGCUGAAACUGGACAAGAAAAACAUAUGCAGGAACAAUGAUAAUUGUACUGGAGAUUUGUGUUAAGUUGAGGAGAGCAAGUGAACAGUUGUGCCAGUGAAUGUGACUAUGUAAUUUGUGUAUGGGGUCUAUUAGAAACUAAUUUAGUCUCGAAUAGACUUUUUGAUCAUUUUGUAUUUGGCUUCAAGGCAACGAACUCAAUCUAGAUGAAAGUGAAAAAAACAUGUUAUCUUAUCAUGUGUUCUUAUCAGUCACCUGGACAAGCAAGUCGAGUGGCUUUCAAACUUAUCUAAUCUUCUUGAGUCAGGAGUCCGUUAUGACAUGACAUCUUGGCAGAUCAUCUCAAUGACGUUGGAACUUUUGAGCACCAACCUUUUCAAAUAGUUGCAAAACAACAGAGUGGCAAUUAACCUAAUGUCUUGACAUAUUAAGUAUUUCAUAAUGCAGGGUCAAUGGCUUAAUAUCUGAUUGAUUAAUUGAUUUUGAGGACAAGUGAGAGAUAUCUUUUUGGCCUCGCCCUUUACCUGUACUUCAAGUGAUAUUUUGACAUCGGGUCAAAUCUUAAUAUCAAUUCGAAAAUUUUUGAUUUUAAGGGUUGUCAAAGAAUAUGUUGUACAUGAAUUUUAUUGAAUAGAAGUAAUUUUCGCAAAUUUUCCUUGCCUUCGGAGCCUGAUUUUAAGAUUGUUUGUUAUCCAUGUUGUUUCUACAGAAGUUUUUAAUGUUGAUGUCUUCCGAAAAGUUUUGUAAUGUGCUCAAAUGUCGUGCCUUGUCUUUGGUGCCGUUUUAUUCCCAGUCGCGGUGUUAUCAUGUGGCUGUUCCAAUACUUAACGUUACUGGUGCAUUUUGGGGUGAAAUUGGUAGAGUAAGAUUCUAAGCAAUAACAACGAUCUGUCCUCUACGUGUAUUCCACCGAUGCUAUUUUAAACGCGUAUACUCAUUUUAUACCCGAGUACUAUUAACUAAAAGAACGAUCAAACACAAUAUUCUAAGACAUGUUUCCCAAACAGACUAAUGAACUAGUAAUCACAGACUAGUAUUCUUGCUAUGAGGUGUAAAGUAAAGUGGUACAAUAAUAGCCGCAACAGUGUAGAAGACAGCUGCCAGUACACAUCAGUGCACACAGAGGCUGUGAUUGUACUUGGUUAUAAUUGUACCACCUUACCUAUAUUUUGUACCAUUUACAGGCCAAAAUACGUUUUAGCAGUGAAAGUGCCUUUCUUCUACACACCAAAAGGAAGAUUCUCAUGCAUAUCUUUAUAAUACGAUUUACUGCAAAUAACAACUCAACUUGUCCCACCCUUGUUUUGUACAUGUACUUGUGUAUGUCAUUUUACCUCUCGAUUUUGUAUUUGAUAUGUCUAUACCGGCGAUUAUCCGAUUUUGCUGUGUUUUUGUCGUCUCCUGAACAAACUCACCUGUUGAUCGUGAUCACAAGUUGGGAAUUUUUUCUUACAAAAUUUGUCAGUUGAUCGGUUGGAAAAUCACUCUGACAUGGGAGUCUGGUUCAAGUGCUGCAGUUGUUGAAAAAGGUUUCACGGCCUAAGAUAUUGCUGCUUCAAAUACAUCUACAUGUUUUCCAAUAAACAUACAUUUCAAAUGUAUGAAGCAGUUCUUCGUGAGAGCCUUUCAUUAAAAAAAUUCAAAGUCCUUUAUGCUCCUGGACUCCCGUUUUUUCUUCCUGAAUAAAUCAAUUACCUCUCCCCUGAGCAAUUAUUAAAUCACACACUAAUGAAGUCAAUUCUAUGGGGUUUUUGUAUUGAAAUUAGCUGAUACAUUCUAUAUUACAUUUUGUAAUUAAGUGUAAAAUAUUGUAUAUAGGAAUUUUGUACAUUGUAUAUUGAUGGAUCGUUAUAUACCUCAGACAUUGUUCUAGACGUUUUCAACAGGAUGUAAAUAAACAUUAAAUUUGA